AUGGCCGCGGUGGUGGCCAAGCGCGAGGGGCCGCAGUUCAUCAGCGAAGCGGCGGUGCGGGGGAAUGCCGCCAUUCUGGACUAUUGCAGGACGUCUGUCUCGGCCCUGUCGGGCGCCACGGCGGGGGGCCCCGGCCUGACCGGNCUGCACGGCUUCAUCUUCUACUUCCUCGCUUCCGUCCUCCUCUCUGUGCUCUUGGUGUUGAAAGCUGGACGGCGAUGGAAUAAGUACUUUAAAUCCCGAAGGCCACUUUUCACGGGAGGGCUUAUAGGAGGGCUCUUCACAUAUGUCCUGUUCUGGACUUUCCUGUAUGGCAUGGUUCAUGUCUACUAAAACAACUAGGAGCCACAUUAGCUGCAGUGGGUUUUAAUGAAGCAGGAGGACUGUUGCCAAAAAUCAUCUACACAACUAGGCCAGCUUACCUUUUAAACUGUUGUUCAUCGCUUGUAUCAUUCAUACUGUCAGUAAAUUAUGUCCAAGUACAAAUGAAUCGGUAGUACUGUUCCGAUUAAACUGAAUGUGAAAUGUCACUUGGAUGCCUCCCAUGAAUCUUUGGUUGUUAAGGAAUAACUUCUGUCCCUAACUGCAGGCACAGCUGUGG